GAGACGAGCUUGCAGUAUAGGUUCAGUACGGCCGCAGUCGCCUAGCGGUCAAGUUCCGCCGCGCACGGACUGAAAGAAAAAAAUAAAAAAAAAAAUAAAAAAAGCGCGCGCUUAGUUCAAACGUCAGAAAAAGGUUCUUUUAGUUGUCUGCUUUUGAAAUAAUCGAGUAGAGAAUUGAAAAGAGUUUAUCGAAAAGGAGGUCGGUAUAAUCUCGAGUUGUUAAUCAACGCUUUUAGUACGAAUAACUGUUAAGAGCCAAGUGCCGGUGGAUAAUGAGUUCGCUGUGAUUGUGAGAGUAUCGUCUUGGUGCGGGUUAAACAGGCUGCCACUUAAAAUGCAAAGCUUAUAGCUGAACCACCAUGGGCCCUCCCAUAAGCGCGUGGCCUUGCGGGCGCGACGCACCAACAGCAAAGGACUGCAGUGAUAAUGUGGUGCAGUGUCAACACAGGUGCAUGUUGCGACAGUUCGUGGAAAACUUCAGAGUGUUGUGUUACAACUUCACGUUCGCGUUGUUGGUGCUACAAUUGAUAUUGAAUCUGAACUUUGUUAACGCGGGACCAGUGAUAUUAAAUCUGGACUAUUUGCAAGGUCCAGUUCCUCUAGCAAGAAAUAUCAGGCAUCUGCCAUGCAUAUCGAGGAGAUCGGGUCAAGAAGGCCUUUGUAUGUUUGCCAUAGAUUGCCUAAAAGCCAACGGCUCCCACCUCGGGACUUGCAUCGACAGGUUCUACUUCGGUUCGUGCUGUCAAAUACCUGACAAAACUGUACUACCACAGAUUAUAGGCAACAAUAUAGAAGACAACUCAAUAGACAGUGCAAACUUCGUACAUCCACAGACGGAAGAAAAAAUUCACAGUACAGUCAGCAAAAUACCAGACAUAUUCCCGACGAGGAAAACCACAACUGAAAAAGCUAUCGUAACUACGACUGACAAGGCGGACACUGUACAAGAUAGGACGGAAGCUAUGGAAAUGGAAACGAAAUCAGAUGACACAAAAUCAGGUGAUAAUAAAUUAACCACUGCACUUGAAACAUCGACGAAGAGUCAAAUUAAAGUUGAAGUUCCACCAGCUACAGAAACACCAGUCAAGCUGUCUACAUUCCAAACAGUUUCGGGUGAUAUAAGCAAUUCGGUAACUGAAGAUACUAAAACAACGGAAAGUGCUAAAGUUACCCAGCAAACAACCACAACAACGGUCAAACCAACUAAGCCUUCUACAACGAGGAAGCCCAUAAAAUCUACAUACAAGCCUAGACCUACAUUCAGACCUACAAACUUUACAAGACCACAAUAUGUGCCAACUACGACCAAACCGAGGCCUACAAAACCUCCUUUGAUAUUCAAUAUCACAAGGAAACCACCGUACAGACUACCUCCGAAGAGGAAUACAACCAAGAGACCUUUGCCAUCUCCACCAAGAUUAAAUAUCACCAUUAUCCCUCAAUCAACUAGUACUAGGCCUAUAUUUACUAGACCAUCUGUUCCAUCUAUCACUUAUAUAAACACAACUGUUGCAACUGAAGAGAAAUCAACAAGUACUACUACUACAACAACAUCAACAACAACAACAACGCCUGCACCAUCUUCAUCAAGUUCUACAGAAGCGUUACCACCAGUGACCGAAAGAAUUACAGAAACAACGGAAACUGUGACAGAAACAUUGAAUUCUUCCUCCACCGAAGCUUUAACUGAGAAAAUUAUGGAAAUCAUAACAACAACUUCAGAUUUACCUAUACAAUCAUCGUCGUCGCAAACAUCACCUGAAACGCCAUUACCAGUUUCACCUUCAAUUGAGAUUUCUACUGAAUCUUCUUCAGAACCAGUACAAGAUUCUCAGCCUUUAGAUUUGUUGCCUUCAUCCUCAUCAGAAGUACCAGUAACAAUGCCAUCAACAUCAGAAACUCCUUCAUCAGAAGCCCCAUUAGAAACAUCAUCAGAGCUACUCAACGAACCCGUUUCACCAGAGAUGCCCACAUCAGAAGUACAACCUUUAGAAGAGCCUACGGUAGAAACAUCUUCUGAAACUGUAUCUACGCAAUCAGAAAAAGAAACAACAGUUUCCGUAGAUGAAAAAGUGACCUUAAAACCUGCUACGGAAGCUGAAAUUCCUACAUCACCUACAGUAGUUGUAUCAACAGAUUUUCCUCCGUUUGUUACGUGGUCUACGGUAGAUGCAGCAACCAAAGCUCCAGAGAAUGUGACGACAGAGCCUGAUGACAAAUGGUCUCCUAUAACUCCACCCGAAGGUUGGGUCCUAAUAUCGACUAUACCACCGACAACACAACCAUCAACAACAACAUCAACAACGACAUCAACGACAACAACUACUACGACAACAACAAUCGAACCACCGACAACCAUCGUCACCACCUUAGAAACGAUUCAACCGGUGACAACAGAAAAGUUGACGACCCCCAGUUCAACAGAACAGACGACGACUACUCAACAAUCAACAACUAUCCAACCAGCAACUACCGGCCAACCCGCUACGACAAUUCAACCACCAAUAACAAUGAAUUUAACGACCCAACAGCCAAUGAUCGAGUUCACUGUGAACGUGACGUUAAGGCCUACGGUAGCUACAACAGUGUUGGCUACACAGGCAACACCAGAGAAUGCUACAGACAGUGAUGUAGCCAACGCCACUGAGAGUUCUACAAGUACAGACGCAGUCACGACUGUCGCACCAUCGACAACUGCUGAGCCAAGUUUCAACAUGUCUAACUACAAAGAAAUUUGCGGCCGUCGGCUUUGGCCACAGGCUCGGAUCGUCGGAGGGCAGAAAUCGGCCUUCGGACAAUGGCCUUGGCAGAUAUCCCUGAGGCAGUACCGCACCUCGACCUACCUGCACAAGUGCGGGGCGGCGCUCCUGAACGAGAACUGGGCCAUCACUGCAGCCCAUUGCGUCGAACACGUCCCACCGUCAGAGCUUCUUGUCCGCUUAGGAGAACACGACUUGGCUAACGACAACGAGCCAUUCGGCUUCGCUGAGAGAAGAGUCCAGAUCAUAGCCAGCCACCCUCACUUCGACCCGGCGACUUUUGAAUACGAUCUGGCGUUGUUGAGAUUCUACGAGCCAGUCACGUUCCAGCCGAACAUUUUGCCGGUGUGUGUACCGGACAACGACGACGAUUUCGUCGGCAAAACCGCCCACGUCACCGGCUGGGGACGAUUAUAUGACGACGGUCCCUUGCCAAGUGUACUUCAAGAAGUGAGAGUACCCGUCAUCAACAAUUCCCUAUGUGAAGCGAUGUACCAAGACGCAGGCUACAAUGAGCACAUACCGAACAUAUUCAUAUGUGCCGGCAGGAAGAAAGGAGGUGCGGACAGUUGUGAAGGCGACAGCGGUGGACCAAUGGUAGUACAAAGGGAAAGGGACAACCGUUUUGUACUAGGCGGAGUAAUUUCAUGGGGCAUCGGGUGUGCGGAACCAAACCAGCCCGGCGUAUACACGCGGAUCUCCGAAUUCAGGGACUGGAUCAAUCAAAUCCUACAGUUCUAAAACUAGCGUUAAACGAAACGCAGCCGCAACAAAAUGGCGCGCGAUCAAAAUGGCUGUUCGAAUCCAUUGAAUGUAGUAAAAAUAAAUCUGGAGAAAUCAAAGCAAUCUUACUAGUUAGAGGAUUUUUGAAAUUGACGAAAUUAAGUCUUCAGUCAAUUUUAUUGGUUCAAAAAUAUUUUUCCUGAGAGUAAAUAAAACAUUCAAGUAAAAUUAUUUUGCUGUUUCAAAUAAUAGUUAUAUUUUGAUAUCACCUAUACAACGAAUUAAUAAUAAUUGCAAAAAGUACACACAAAAAGUCGAUAAAGCCCUUUGUGUAAAUUACCUAUUUGGUAU